CUCACCUCCUAAACGCACCGUUUCCGUUCCCAAAGCCUUCAAACUCUUCCUCCUUCAACCUUCUCACGAAACCAUGGAGCUUCACGCUAAAGGAUCCGUCCCUUCAAAAGCCUAGGAAAUUCAGGUCUUCUAUCUCCGAUGGGGAAGCGGAGCUCUCUGGUGGUCUUGUCGUCCGACGACGAGGAUCCCGAUCUUUCUCUGAGCUCCAAUCGUACAAGUACAAGGUCGUCGGCGGCGGCGAGGUUGAUCUCUCCGGCUCCGGCGAAGAACCCCGGCCGAGCGAAGAAGGCUCGGGGUUUGAGUUCUCGCUCUAGCUUGGGCUCGGUGUCCACUAAUUGGGAUGAGGUGAAGUUGUCGUUUGGAGAUUUUGAUGAAGAGUUCGGUGGUUCCGAGGUACCUGCUGGUUCUGGAAGGAGCAAUGUGCAGGAGUUAUGGGUUGAGAAAUACAAACCCCGAUCGAUUGAGGAGCUUGCUGUUCACAAGAAAAAGGUUCAGGAAGUUAAGGGGUGGUUUGAAGAGAGAUUGACGAGUUCAAAGGGUGAAUCUAGGAAUCAUACUCUUGUAAUCACGGGGCCAGCUGGAGUUGGAAAAUCUGCAACUGUUCAUGUUAUUGCAUCAGAGCUUGCUGCUACGUUGUGUGAAUGGAAAACGCCAACUCCAGUAGUUUGGCAAGAACAUCUAUAUAACUCUAGUACAGGAGUACAAUACGUGUCCAAGUUGGAGGAAUUUGAAAAUUAUGUGGAGCGAGUACGAAAGUAUGGUUUGCUUCCAUCAUCACGUGAGGGUUCAAAGUCAUCAAUCAUAUUAUUAAUAGACGAUCUUCCGGUGACAAAUGGGAAAGUUGCUUUUCAAAGACUUCAAAGUUGUUUGCGCCUUCUUGUGCAAUCAACUCGUACACCAACUGCUAUAUUGAUCACCGACCAUGGUAAAGCUGAUUCAGAAGAUCACACCGCUACUUACUUGGAUGAACUUCCACUAUCACUUCAUAGUGCUGGGGCUUGUAAGGUCUCCUUCAAUCCUAUAACAUCUACAUCCAUAAAAAAAGUACUGUCUAAAAUCUGUAAAGAAGAGCAGUGUAAUGUGACUGCUGAACAGGUUGAUCUAAUUGCAAAAGCAAGUGGAGGUGACAUAAGAAAUGCAAUUACAUAUUUACAGUUCUUCUUUCUGAAACCAUCGGAGUUGCAUUCACUUCCUUCAUUGGUUUCUCCUCCCAGUUAUGCUAGAGGGAAACAAACAUCCUUGUAUGCUAAAGGGAAAUCAGAUAUGGUAACCACUUUGGGUGAUAGUUAUUCCUCACAAUUUGGAAGAGAUGAAACACUUUCUCUAUUCCAUGCCCUUGGGAAGUUUCUGCAUAACAAAAGAGAGACUGAAGAUAUAAUGGAAUUGGAUGGAGCUGCAUUUCAUGUGCGAGAAGGUCUGUCUAGACUACCGCUGAAAAUGGAUGCUCCAGAAAAGAUUCUUUGUCAAGCACAUGGACAAGCUAGGCCUAUUGCCGAUUUUUUACAUGAAAAUGUUCUCGAUUUCGUGAGUGAGGAGGCAAUGGAUGAUGCCUGGUUAGUUGCUUCAUAUUUAAGUGAUGCAGACUUGCUGCUUGCCACUUUUCGCGGAAUGUUGAGUAGGCAGUAUGAGGCGGAAAAUGUUCUACAGUCAGCCGGUGCGUCAGUUGCCGUUCGUGGUGUUCUAUUUGGAAAUUUCCAUCCAUCGCCGUCCAGGUGGCAUGCUGUUCGGCGGCCCAAGCUCUGGCAGGUUGAGAAGUCAACAUUUUACAACAAGAAGGAGAUGAUCAAUCGGAGAUAUGGUGCUUACAGUGGAACAUGUUCAUCAGCUUUGACGGUUAUGGCUACUGAGUACACGCCUGUAUUUAAAUGGCUUGGAUUCAGGGCACAGGAAGGUCUUGAAGACAAUGUUGAAAGGAUGAAUUUGGGCGAUGAUGAAAGGGAAAUCGAAGACGAUAUAGAAGAAUGGUAGGGAAUAGUGUUGGAAGCAAUAGAGCUUAGUAAGCAAUCUAGGUUAAGAUUCGCUUGGUUUUGUGAAGUUGCUGCAACCAAAAAGAAAUUACCGAGAGUGCAUGCAAUGCUAGAUUUUGGUUGUCUCAGUUCUUUGUACAGUUACUAAUUGAAGUUCUAUACUCUAGAGCUCCAUUUUAGGAGUUGCUGUGUGAAAUCAUUCUUUUGAGUC